AUGGCUGAUUUUCGAACUUUCUCUGCUUCAUCGCCCGUUUCGUGGACUUGUAAUCGAUGUGCUUUCGCAUCAUUACCAUUUCUCAACGACAGCUCACAAGAUUCUCAUUUUGGCGUUCUUGAAGGAGAAGAAGGGGACUCUAGUUUGCUUUCUUCUUUAUCGCCCACUCCAGUCGAAUGGUAUAAAGAAAAUAUUAAAGGCUAUUACAAGAAAAAUCUCUCGAUUGGCCACCUUAACACAAACAGUAUCAUUGGCAAAAUAGAUGAGAUUUUGGAUCUACUAAACGAAUGCCGUUUUGACAUUCUCUUCAUCUCUGAAACGAAGAUUGACAAGUCUGUUUCCACAAAGUUAUUAUCCAACCCACAUUACCGUGUCAUCAGGAAUGAUAGAAAAAGGGGUGCCGGUGGUCUAUUAGCUUAUAUUCACAAUUCUUUAACUGCGAGAAGACAACUCAAGCUUGAACCAACUGGUGUAGAAUCUAUUUGCCUCGACUUAAAGGGGAAUACAAAUACAUGGUUUUUCGUUUGUGCCUAUUAUCGCUCUCCAAAAAACAUGCUAAAAAUCAGGAAUGAAAUUGUAUUUAUUGGAGAUUUUAAUAUUGAUAUGAUGGACUAUGUUGAUGGAAAUUUGCAUAAUACGAAUAAUCCUUUGGCUGAUUUCUGCGAUCGCUAUUGUCUCUCAAAUACAAUAACUGAACCAACAAGGGUUACUAACACAAGUGAAACCCUAAUUGAUGUGAUCCUAGUUAAUCGAACUGAGCGAUGGACAAAGAGUGGCACGCUGAAACUUGGAAUAAGUGAUCAAGAUCUUGUAUACAUUGUGAGAAAACUACGCCUACCGAAAUCGAAAGUGCAAACGAUUGAGUCCAGAAGUAUGAAGAAAUUUAAUGAAGCCUCUUUUUGUUGUGAUUUAUCUACUGCUCCAUGGGACAGUGCCUUUGUUUAUGACGAUAUUAAUGAUGUCUGGAACCACUGGUCAAAGCUCUACAAAGACAUAAUAGACAAACAUGCGCCUAUUGUGAAAAAAAGGGUUCACGUAAACCAACUUCCGUGGAUCAAUGUCCAAAUAAAAAGAGCAAUUCGACUGAGAAACAAACUAUACCGCAAAUAUCGCCUUAGUCGGAAUGACGAAACUUGGGAAAGUUAUAGAGUACAAAGAAACUUAGUUACUAAACUUAAGCGAAUAUCUAUUAAACGGUUCUUUUUGGACUCUUCGGCUAACACAACAACUCCUGGAGGUUUUUGGAAGCGGGUAAAGCCUCUUCUACCGUCCUCUGGACAAGAUAACAGCGAUGGCACAUGCAUAAUGGAUAGGGGUGCAGUUGUAAGUGAUCCAUCCAAUCUUUUCAAUGAACACUUCUCUUCACCUGUUCUUGAUCGAGCUGUUUUGACUAAGUCUGUUGAAGAUUUCGAACAUCAUCUAGGUGUGACUUCAAUCUCGUCGCGCAAUUUCAAUCUUGGUUUUUCAUUUCAACCUGUCAGUACGGAAUACAUUGGUAAAUUGCUCACUGGCCUUAAAACAAACAAGUCUUGUGGACCUGACAAUAUCUCUCCCAUGAUUCUUAAACUAUCUGCAUCAACAAUCAAAGGGCCUCUGACUAAGCUCCUUAAUUACAGCCUUACUAACUCAACGUGGCCACAGGAAUGGAAAUUAAGUAAUGUUACUCCAGUCUAUAAAAAGGAUGAUAGGAAAACUACAGACCAAUCAGUAUCUUGUCGUCCAUUCCCAAGAUUCUUGAGAAAGUUAUGA